AGGUACACAUGGGCUCCCAUUUCUUUUUGUUUUGUUCACUCAUUUUGAUCAAGACAAAGAAAAUCCUCACCCACUCUCUCCCUCAUCCCUGCGGCCAGCACCUCCAAGAAAGAGCCAAGCAAAUUCUCCAUCUUCAUUCUCCAUUGUUGAAGAAAGCUCCACAAGAAAGAAUCCCAAGGGAAGGAACUAAAGUGCUAAAAGUGUGAUAGGAUUAAGGAACUUGAUAUAGAGUAUCUUUGAGCUUCGCCGGAGUUUCGCCGGAGUUGGUCAAAGUUGGCCGGAGUUGGUCAAAGUUCACCGGAAUUAGUCCAAGUUCGACCGCGGAGCGUAGAACACGCUUAAGCUCACUUAAGUUUCAGGUAGAACUUGAAGGUUGCUACCACCGCCCGUUGCUUCGGGAAGAUCAAAGGAGGGAGACGUGAAAUGGAACCAGUUGGAAGGAUCACUAGGAGGAACCCGACGGGCCGUGUGCCGGGUGGGUCCGAGCGCGGUAGCCGGGGGUCCUCUAGGGGAUCAAGAGGAAGAGGCCGCGGAGGCCGACAACAACAAACCGUGAGCGAUGGCCACGUCGAUACGGAAAGCGAGACCUAUUGGUCUUAUGAGGACUCGACCUACCGGCCGGAAACUGAGCCGGUUGAGACCCCUUAUGAAGGGGAUGACGACGAUGUUAGUGACGAGGAGGAAAAUGGCUCCUUGGCUAGGAUUGAAGCACUGCUCCAACAAUAUCAUCGGGAGCGUGAGGAAAGGAGAGAACGCCGAAGGCGCCGUGCAGGGCCACCUUCGGGCGGGGCUCCAAGAGGGAGGAGCUACUGUGAUUCGAGGACCCAUGUAGAAGCGCAUGGGAGCCGUGGUGAUGGAGGUCCAACCAUAAGGAUCUCCAAAUACAUCAAGGAGGCGAGAGACUUGGGGUGUAAACCGUUCGAUGGGACGGGAGACAUCUCAGUUGCCGCGCAGUGGAUCAAGAGGCUGAACGAGGCAGCCCUUGACAUGCAACUCACCCCCGAUUUCAAAUUGAGAAUCGCGGUGAGGUUACUUGAAGGGUUAGCAUCCAAGUGGUGGGAUG